AUGCCGUUUGGAUUGUGCAAUGCUCCAGCAACGUUUGAAAGAUUGAUGGAACUUGUACUUACCGGGCUAAUUGGAGAUGCCUGUCUGGUCUAUUUGGAUGACAUCAUCAUCGUAGGCCGUACGUUUGAGGAACACCUUCAAAACCUGGAACGCGUGCUCAUGAAGAUCCAGAGUGCCAACCUCAAGUUGAGUCCAAAGAAGUGCUCACUAUUCAAACGGCAAGUUAGUUUUUUGGGGUAUGUAGUGUCGGAAGAAGGUAUCCGCAUGGAUCCAGAGAAAAUUGCUGCUGUCAAGGAGUGGCCGGUCCCAAAAGACAAGACACAGGUUAGAGCAUUUUUGGGUUUGUGCUCUUAUUAUCGGCGAUUUGUGAAGAACUUUGCAGAUAUAGCCAAACCUCUGCACAAGCUAACCGAGGAGAAGCGACAAUUCUGCUGGGAUGAAAGUUGCGAUAUUGCAUUCCAGGAGCUCAAGAACCGCCUGUGCAAAACACCUAUUUUGGGGUACCCUGAUGCGGGCAAGGAAUUCAUAGUUGACACAGACGCAAGUGAUAUAGGACUUGGCGGUGUGUUGUCUCAACGGAAUGGUGAUCAAGAGAUUGUGAUAGCGUACUUCAGCAAGUCGUUGUCAAAGCCGGAAAGGAACUAUUGUGUCACAAGACGGGAAUUGCUUGCUGUGGUAAAGUCCUUGCAGCAUUUUAGCAAAUAUCUUCUAGGGCGGAAAUUCCACUUACGAACUGACCAUGCUGCACUGAAAUGGCUAUUGCAGUUCAAAAAUCCGGAAGGACAAGUUGCGAGAUGGAUAGAACUACUGCAGGAAUACGACUUUGUGAUCGAACAUCGCAGCGGGAAAUCUCAUGCCAAUGCAGAUGCAUUGUCAAGAAGACCUUGCCCUGAAGAUUGCAAGCAUUGUACUAGGCAAGAGGGUAAGGAAGUGGUAUCUGUGAGAAUGCUCAGGACAGACCAGCUCAGCAAUGAGUGGAAGGACAGCCUACAGCAUGCACAGCAGGAAGAUUCGGACAUUAAGCCGAUUCUGGAAUGGAUGAAGGCCAGUGCUCCUAAGCCCAAGUGGAGCGACGUCUCAGCAAUGAGUUCGACCACAAAAAGCUAUUGGGCCCAAUGGGACAGCUUGCUGAUUCAGGAUGGAGUCCUGUGCCGUAAAUGGGAAAAUGGUCGGGGAGACAGGUGUCAUUUGCAAAUGGUUGUCCCUAAGGCUAAAGUGCCGGAUAUUCUACAGCUGUACCAUAGUGGUUGUUCAGGAGGCCACCUGGGAGUUAAACGAACUCUCCUGAAGAUCCGAGAACGGUUUUACUGGGUCCACUGUCGUGACGAUGUCCAGGACUGGUGCCGCAAAUGUACAAGUUGUGCGGCUGUAAAGGGACCUCAAAUUCGUAGUAGGGGCGCAUUGAAAUUGUACAAUGUUGGUGCACCAUGGGAGAGGAUAGCCAUUGACGUUGCGGGGCCGUUUCCAGAAACUGAAAGUGGUAACAAGUAUUUCAUGGUCGUGAUGGAUUACUUCACUAAGUGGCCAGAAGUCUUCGCCAUUCCAAAUCAAGAAGCUUCAACCGUUGCAGAUAAACUAGUUCAUGAAGUCUUCUGUCGUUUUGGAGUACCUUUAGAGAUUCACAGCGAUCAAGGAAGGAAUUUUGAGUCUCAAAUAUUCCAGGAAACUUGCCGAGUUAUGGGUACUCAGAAAACACGAACAACUUCUUACCACCCACAAUCUGAUGGAAUGGUAGAAAGAUUUAAUCAGACAUUGGAGAGGUACCUAGCAAAAGUUGUGGAAAAACGACAACGAGACUGGGAUAGGCACAUACAACCGUUUUUGUUGUCAUAUCGAAGCGCUGUUCACGAAAGUACAUCAGUGACACCAGCUUACGUAAACUUUGGGAGAGAAUUGCGGCUGCCUGCAGACCUGAUCACCGGAAUACCACCUGUGCCCCACGCAGUAUAA